GGACCCAGAGCAGUGCCCUGCAGGACUGGUAACGGGGCAGGACAUUCCUGGAGAGUGUGCUCAGGGGCAGAGUCCUGCCUAGUUCAGGAUGAAGUGCAGCCUGGCUUUCUGCAGCGCCGUCUUCAGCCUGACCCUGCUGGCACUGCUGCUGCCGCUCGGAUGUGCACAGCAGAAUGCAGAGGAGGCCUGCUCUGUGCAGAUUCUCGUCCCGGGCCUCAAAGGAGACACGGGAGAGAAGGGAGACAAGGGCGCCCCAGGGCGGCCCGGACGAGUCGGCCCCACUGGAGAAAAAGGAGACAUGGGGGACAAAGGGCAGAAAGGCAGCGUGGGUCGUCACGGAAAGAUCGGCCCCAUUGGUGCUAAAGGUGCAAAAGGAGAUUCAGGUGACAUAGGGCCCCCUGGCCCCAAUGGAGAACCAGGCAUUCCGUGUGAGUGCAGCCAGCUGCGCAAGGCCAUUGGCGAGAUGGACAACCAGGUCAGCCAGCUGACCGCCGAGCUGAAGUUCAUAAAAAAUGCCCUGCCCUCCCCCGCAGUUGUGGCUGGCGUGCGGGAGACGGACAGCAAGCUGUACCUGCUGGUGAAGGAGGAGAAGAGGUAUGCAGAUGCGCAGCUGGCCUGCCAGGGGCGUGGUGGCACGCUGGGCAUGCCCAAGGACGAGGCGGCCAACGGGGUGAUGGCCGCGUACCUGGCGCAGGCCGGGCUGUCACGUGUCUUCAUUGGCAUCAACGACCUGGAGCGCGAGGGUGCCUUCGUGUACUCGGACCGCUCGCCCAUGCAGACCUUCAACAAGUGGCGCAGCGGGGAGCCCAACAACGCCUACGACGAGGAGGACUGCGUGGAGAUGGUAGCCUCGGGGGGCUGGAACGACGUGGCCUGUCAUAUCACCAUGUACUUCAUGUGUGAGUUUGACAAGGAGAACGUGUGAGGAACCCCGCUCCGCGCCACACCGCUUCUCCGGAGGUGCGCAGGGUGCGGGGCGUGCGGGUGCUGUCCGACCCCAGGCAGUCCUUAUGUCACUGUUAGUCUCCGCG